AUGAUUCCUGCCAAAGACCUGGCACCCGCCACCCCAUCUCACGGCAGGUUGAAGACACUCACCCUGGAUCCCGGGUUCCGAGGACUUGUCUGGUCUGCUGGUGGGAGCAGCACUGAUUUCUCUCUUCCUCCUCCUCCUUUUAGGGGACACCAGCUGGUCUUUGCACCUGAGCUUCCUGCAGAGCUGUCACUCGGGGGGCAGUGCGCCAGAGCCUGUGGCAGCCGGGCCCAUCUGGGAGCUCUGCAUUUAGCACACGCCCAGGCCUGGAGCCUGCUCUGUCACUUGGGGGUGACUGACCUCUCGAAUGAGUGGCCGCUGAUGGCAAACAGGCUCCACCUGACUUUCACAGUCAGCAAGAACCAGGAGCCCAAUACUUUCCUUCUUAUCUGUUGGCCUCAACUAACAAGAAAACAUCCAAACCCUCCUGCCAGCCCAGAGGAACAGGCUGGCCAGGACCCUCUGUCUGGAGCACCAUCAUUGCAGGGGGAUGUGUGGUAUGCCCACUCUGGGCCUCUAUUUCCUGGUGUUAUCAAUAUUUAA